GCGACCACGUCAUCACGUAUGCGCUCAUUCGAUGCCUCGUUGGCAGUUGGCACGUCAAAUUAAAAAAAGGUACAGAGAACUUCUCAAAACUAUAUUUAUUGUAACAGUUGAUACUGAAACCACGCCAACUCAGAGUGGCGUUGGAGAUUGCCAUCCCAACUAAGCACAACACAAGCCAAAAUCAAACUCGCUUCUUCCAUGGCCCUUGCCACAAGAUAAGCUUAAUAGUCAAGCCACCUUAAGAGUUGUAUAAGAAAAGUACCCUCUCCCCCUCUCAGUCCAGUGGUAUAAUAGCAAUCACGCACUAGCAAGAAUUGCUUGCGUAGAGAUGUUGCAUUUAAGUUCUUCCAAGAAAAAUGGAACAAGGAAAUUUAGAGCUGCCAGGACAAGUGACGCGGUAUUUCUAUUGCGUCUGCUUACUACUGCUGGGCACUGCUUGCGUCGUCAAUAUUUCAUAACUAUGUUCAAAUUGGCCCACUGAAGCCUCAUGGGGUUCCUCCAUGAUCGGAGCGUGAACCACACUGUCAAAUGCUAUCGCUACGUUCACGUUCUUCCUUCUGUGUAGAUUCUUUGGUUGUAAUCUUGGACUAUGCUUUUGUCUUCAUGGGUUAGACUCAUCAAUCAUUCAGUUUCGCUGUUUCAUUGAAGUUGAAAAAGGAAAAGAAAAAAGAAAAAGAAAAGAAAUCCUGCUUUUUAUAUCCACCACAAUUGAAAACAAAGAGAUAUAUGGACAGAAAGUUAUUUAAUACUGUAAUCUUUAUUGAUCAGAGAAAACAAGAAAUGCCAGAAAAUAAGAGAAUUUUUAACUUUCCCUGUUGGUUCUAGAGGAUGCCACCACCACUACUGAUACAGGAAUGUGGCGGCCGUUUCAAUAAAGGAGCUUAAUAUCUUGAAAUCGAGUUGGAAGGUUGUGAAAUUUUUUGUUUAACAGCAGAAAAGAAAGGAACUUGCACUUGAAAUCGACCCUCACUCUCUCUCAUUGACGAGCAAUUUAACAAAUAUUUGAUCCGUACGUCUUACUUUAAUUGAGAGAAGAUGGUAACCAGAAUGGUGGAUCUUCGGUCCGACACUGUAACUAAACCAACUGAAGCAAUGAGAGCAGCUAUGGCAAAUGCUGAGGUUGAUGAUGAUGUUCUUGGUUAUGACCCAACUGCGUCACGAUUAGAGACUGAAAUGGCCAAAAUCAUGGGCAAGGAAGCAGCUCUUUAUGUUCCAUCAGGCACCAUGGGUAACCUUAUUAGUGUACUGGUGCAUUGUGACGUUAGGGGAAGUGAAGUAAUUCUUGGACACAAUUCUCACAUCCACAUAUAUGAGAAUGGAGGCAUUUCAACUCUUGGAGGUGUGCAUCCCAGGACAGUGCAGAAUAACAAGGAUGGAACAAUGGAUAUUGAUUUAAUUGAAGCUUCAAUUAGAGAUCCAAGAGGGGAGCUUGUUUAUCCAACUACUAGGCUUAUCUGCUUGGAGAAUUCACAAGCCAACUGUGGUGGUAGAUGCCUACCUGUAGAAUAUACAGACAGAGUUGGAGAAUUAGCUAAAAAGCACGGUUUGAAGCUUCACAUCGAUGGGGCUCGCAUUUUCAAUGCAGCAGUUGCACUUGGAGUUCCUGUGCAUAGGCUUGUUGAAGCUGCUGAUUCAGUUUCGGUAUGCCUAUCAAAAGGUUUGGGUGCACCAGUUGGAUCAGUUAUUGUUGGUUCAAAAAGCUUUAUUGCAAAGGCUAGAAUCCUCAGGAAAACAUUAGGAGGUGGGAUGCGACAGAUCGGUAUCCUUUGUGCUGCUGCUUUGGUUGCCAUACAAGAGAACGCUGGAAAGCUUGAGGAUGAUCACCAGAAAGCCAAGACUCUAGCAGAGGGACUGAAUCAAAUCAAAGGACUAAGGGUGGAUGUCGCUGCAGUAGAAACCAACAUUAUAUAUUUGGACAUAGUAGAGGGCUCAAAAUUUACGGCAGAAAAUCUAUGCAAGAACUUAGAAGAACAUGGUGUGCUUGUGAUGCAAGAAGGCCUACUCAGCGUUAGGAUAGUUCUUCACCACCAAAUUUCAGCAAGUGAUGUGCAGUACACUUUAUCAUGCUUCCAGCAAGCUUUAACAAGGGCUCAAGAUGAAAAUGGCAAGUAGUGGAAGAAAUUAUGAGAAUUUCUCCUUGUUAAGAUGAUUUAAGUAAAGUGUUUUACUCUUCAUUUAGAUGUAAACUAUCUUCAUCAGUGUCUUUUAUAUAUAAUGAAUGACUAUAAGACUGAAUCACUUGAAACGCAUGUCUUCAUAAGAAAUCACAGAGCCAUCCAUUAAUAGUACUGCAGAGUAUUAAUGGAACUCUGCAAAGUUUUCUCUCA